CACUUGUAGGAGAAAGAUGGCAGCGCUCAUUCCUGUAAGGAGAUCUCUCCCGGUUAUCAGACGCCUGGUCUCUUUCCAACAUCUGCACAAGUGCUGCUACUCCAGGCUUCAGAAAGCAGCAGAUGUUGUACACAGACCUCAUUUCUAUUCUGGAAAUGUGUUGCAUCAGCGCAGAUGUUUCCGGACAAGCUAUGCUGCAUCAGGACCGAUCCUACAGUUUAAACUGUCAGAUAUUGGGGAGGGUAUUAUGGAGGUGACGGUGAAGGAAUGGUACGUGAAAGAAGGAGACAGAGUGUCCCAGUUUGACAGCAUCUGUGAAGUUCAGAGCGACAAAGCCUCCGUUACGAUCACCAGCCGCUACGAUGGAGUCAUCCGCAAACUGCACUACGAUGUUGAUUCCAUUGCAUUUGUGGGAAAACCACUUGUGGAUAUUGAGACGGAUGGAGGAACUGAUGUAGCUCCAGAGGAGGAUGUGAUGGAAACCCCUGCUAUAUCUCAGAUGGAACACACCCACCAGGAUAUUAAAGGUCUCAAAACGCAGGCCACUCCAGCGGUACGACGCAUAGCCAUGGAAAACAAUAUCAAGCUGAGUGAAGUUAUUGGCACGGGGAGAGACGGGCGCAUUCUGAAAGAAGACAUCCUAAACUUUAUCUCCAAGCAGACAGGAGCCAUCCUACCUCCUACCCCCUUCCAGGAGAUCCAGCCUCCCCCUCCUGCGCCUCCAGCUACCCAGCCCAAAGACACGAAGCCUCUUUCAGCCGUUCCUACACCUGUCAUCCCGAGGCCUGUGUUCACUGGCAAAGACCGCACCGAGCCGCUGAAAGGUUUUCACAAAGCCAUGGUGAAGACUAUGACAGCUGCUCUGAAGAUCCCACACUUUGGCUAUAAGGAUGAAGUCGACUUAACGCGGCUGGUGCGGCUUCGCACGGAGCUGAAGGGAGUGUCCGAGUCUAGAGGAGUGAAGCUCAGCUACAUGCCCUUCUUCAUCAAGGCUGCUUCACUCGGACUUCUGCAUUUUCCGGUCGUAAAUGCUUCAGUGGAUGAAGCGUGCCAGAACAUCACCUACAAGGCUGCUCAUAACAUCGGACUGGCCAUGGACACGGCGCAGGGUCUGCUGGUGCCCAAUAUAAAGAACGUACAGAUGCUCAGUGUUUUCGAUAUAGCCGCGGAGUUGAACAGGCUGCAGACUCUGGGAGCGUCUGGGCAGCUCGGUACAGCAGAUCUCACCGGUGGAACGUUCACGCUGUCCAACAUCGGCUCUAUUGGAGGUACAUAUGCCAAACCAGUGAUCCUGCCACCGGAGGUUGCAAUUGGUGCUCUUGGAAAGAUCCAGGUUUUACCCAGAUUUAACGAGAAGGACGAGGUGGUGAAAGCCCACAUCAUGUACGUAAGCUGGUCGGCGGAUCACCGCGUCAUCGAUGGAGCCACCAUGUCUCGCUUUUCUAACCUGUGGAGGUCGUACCUGGAGAACCCGGCCUCCAUGCUGCUGGAACUGAAAUAGGACACGAGUGAUGACCUGUUUGUAUGUUACUGAACUCAGUGCUUCCCUUUACCUGUUCAUGCUCCUUUACGACAUGGACUACAUCCAUCUUAGAGAUGUGAAACUAACGUACAGCUGUUAGUCAUGUGUGCAUCAGUCAUUUACCCAGAAUCAUGUCCAGGUGAAGUGUCAUACUAUUAGCACAUGUGACUACCAACUACCAAUCCUGUUGUGUUUUCUGAGGGUGCAAACACUUACAGGAUGGGAGUGCGUGCUUUGAUUGCAGUUCUGGGAUUAAUCUAACUCCGUUUCAUAAACACUACACACUUGGACUUUGUUGAAUUUCUAAAUGCUGUAACUGUUACUUUCCUGUUUGAGCAUUAUUGUUCUGUGAUAAUGGGACGUGGGGCAGUAAAGCAGAAAUUCUGUAAUACGGCUUCACUGCAUUGAGAUUCUUCAAAGUCUGACUGUAUUUAAAGUACAUGUAUUGUAUGGUGUUAGGAUUGGUUGGUCAUUUCAUAUUAGAUGAAAAAGCACAAUAAAUCUUUGGAGGGUAAAAAGUUUUAAUAAAUGAUUCCCAUAUUAAAUGGCAACUAAA